AUGUGUUUUUCCCUUGUGUGUUAGUGUGUUAGUGAUUUCGUUCUGGGUUUUGGAUUAGAGCGUUAUGGGUUUCGAUUCGCCCAUUACCACUGUAUUUUGGGGGUUUUAUCCUUUUAGUUUGGUAAGGUUUUAGUGUUUGAUAGUGGCGAGACUAUCUUUAAACGCCACUUUCUGCUGUGAUUUUGGGUGUUUUUGAUUGUUUAGGCAUCUGGGUUCUGCGAAGAAUGCCAUAAGUUUCUGGAAAAAUGAUGAUGAACAUGUUGAAUGUUGAUGAAUAUUUAUGUGUUUCUGGAAAAACACGAAGAACGUUGAUGAAUGUUCAUAACUUCCUGGGAAUUUGAUGAGUUUCGUGUCGGGGAGGAGGAUGUUGUUUCCUCUCCCCGUUACAAGUAUUAUUUUGUCGGGGAGAAUUGAAUCGCUAUUUCUCCCCGUUUAUUGUAGCAAAAAAAAUAGGUUAGUUAAUCCAUGUGCUGGGGAGCUUCUCCCCGUUUUCGCCUCCGCGAAUCUUGCGUGUCUUUGCAAAUUGUAUGAAUGUCGGGGACCUUCUCCCCGUUCUUUCCUUGAGAAAUUUGGUAGGAUAAAUGAGUUUUAAAACUCUGUGUCGGGGAGCUUUUCCCCGUUUCACCCUUAGAGGGAUUGAAGGUUUUGUGUCGGGGAGCUUCUCCCCGUUUUUAACUUGAGAAUUUAUACAAAACUUUGUUCCCCGUUUAUGUCGGGGACCUUCCCCCCGUUUCUGGGUUUCGCUAGGUGUUUUCCCUGUUUCCUCCGUAUUUUGAUUUUGUUCUGCCAUUUGAUAAGGGCUUUUGGUCGGGGACAGCGUCCUCGCCCUAUUCUACGCCCUUUCACUUGAAUUGCGGUGAAAGGGUGGAUUUGAUGAUUGUCGAAUUCACUUUAUUUUUGCUGCUUUCAGGUUUUCAGAAUGUCGGACACGGAGGAGGUAACGGGGAGCCAAGCGGCGUCCAAACAUAAACUAGUCGCCACUAUAACGGACCCCGAGUUGGCUUGGGUUGCGCCCGAGCCGCGAGGUAUUGCUUCAACAAUUACCGCCCAGGAUCCCAAACUCUUUACAAUUGUCGAGGGGGAUGGCCCGAUUAACUUGGGGGGUUCACCUGCCUGCGGAAGGGGAGCGAAUUUGUUCGUCGUACAUUGAAGGUGGAUUUACCAUGUACGAGAUGGCGUUCAAGGAGAUGGGGUACCGGCUGCCUUUUAACAACCUUGAGGCUGAAAUUUUUGGCCGGUUAAAGGUGGCUCCUUCCCAGCUUCAUCCAAACGCGCUGGCGUUCAUCCGGGCAUAUCAGGUCCUUUGUCGGUAUCUGGAGGUGGAGGCCACCGUCUCUUUAUUCUUUUACAUCUUUAAAAUCCAACGACAAAAAGUCGGGGACCAGCAAGGUUGGGUCUCCUUGAAGCAUGCGACUAGCAAAAUAUUUAAGAUGUAUGUGGAGUCUGCCCGGGGUUUUAAGGAGAGGUACUAUGUGGUUAAGCCGGUGACAGAGUUUGCUCUGAACUCCCUUUACAUGGACAGGGUAGUGACUCUUGAGGAUGGGUCUCCCAGUUGGACGCGCAGGGGGAGCCAGUAACCAAGUGGGUCCUUCGUUUUCCAUUGUCGUGGUCGUCAGAGCAUUUUGUACUGCGAACCGACGAGUAUCUUCAGGCUUUGAGAAGCUUAAGGUUUAUCUGGAUGGCUUUAAGCCUUGUAAGGUUCUCAAUAAUUUAGGAGAGGUUGCAUUAGAAAAGUAUGGUAAACCGAGGAUCGAACCUCCUUUUGUGAAUACAAAAUUGUUAUUGUCGUGCAAGACUGUUACAGCUGAGAGCACCUUGCUGGGUAGAAUGGCUGACCUUGCUUCCGAGCUAAUUAGGAUAGCUGCUGAGCAUAAGGGGGAGAAGGCAAAGAAGAAGGCGAAGAAGUCUAAGCCUGGGUUAAGCAACAUCCUACUUUUUUCGAGCAAGCUGCUUCAGGAAGUGUCAGCCAGUCCUCGCCUGGGGCAAGUUCAGCGGGGACCGUGGUUGGUCGAGCGAAGAGGCAGAGGGACGAGCAGAUGACGACCAUUGUCGAUUUGUCUGAGGUGGACGGUGGAUUUGUCCUCCCCGCAUGCUUGAGCAACAGGAGCUUUUUUGAUAAUAACCCCCCCCCCUAGGUGCCUUUGUCGGAGAGGGAUUUUGUCCUGGGUACUUCUUCGGUUGCCCGACAACAGCAGCUGACCCAAGACAUUGCUGCUGUCAUCCGGCUGGCGGAGACGGCCUUGGUAAUGAAUGAGGGGGCCCCACUCAUGAAGUCGAGAAGUUAGCUGCCCGAAAUAGCAAGCUGGAGGGGCGUAUGGUGAUGAUGGAGAGUGAGCUCAUCGAUCUUCGGGGCAAGCAGGAGAACUAUGGUAACCUGUUGGAAGAAGCCCGGCUUACUCGCGAGGACUUGGAAAAAGCUAAGAAGGAGCUCGAAGAGUUGAAAACCCAGGGUGCCGAGGAGAAGAGGAAGAUGGAGCAGGAGAUUGCUGAUUUGCAAUCCAAACUGAUUCCUGCUGCCGAUGAGACGGUUGAAACUUCCAGGCUUACCAGUCGAGCAAACUUGGUCAAGGAAAUUAAGAGGCUCGGGGGCCAGAUGUUGGCGAGCAUGGUAUAUGGGUGGAAGAAUGCGGUGGCUCAGCUGAAGGUUGUGAAUUCCGAGCACGGGUUGAUUACCGAGGGAAUCCACAAGCUAAAAAAAGUUGAGAAGGGCCAGAUUGUCAUUCUGGAGAAGUAUAAGCAAAUGGCCUUGGAGGAGGAGGAGGAGGAGGAUGAUGAUGAUGACGAGGAGGAGGAUGCUGAGGAGGAGGCUGUCGAGGAGGAGAAAGGUCCUGACGGGGACGAAGAAGGUCCUGAUGAGAGCCACUGAGCCUCCUCGACAAGCUGUUUAGGCCUGCGCGCCAUUAACUUUGUAUUUGUUUGUUUCAUUUUAUAACGAUUUUUGGGGGCCUGCGUGCCCGGUUUUUUAAUAUUCGAACAAGUGGGUUUUUAUCCCCGUAUUUAUUUAUGACAAUGUUGGGCAUCUGCCCGUUAAUAUUAUCCUGCUCGUUUAUUUCAU